GACACGGCGCCGGGGCCGCGCACACCCCCUCCGCGAGCCGGGAUCCUGGGCCGCGCGCCCCCUCCCCGCCCGGCGGGCACGCGCACUGGCUCCCGUUCCCGCUGGCAGCGGCGGCGGCGGGGAUUGUUUUGUUGUCGCUGAGGCCGGAAGAGCCGCGGGAGCCGGGUCCCUGUCCCUGGCCGGGCGCCGCCGCCGCCCCCUGCCCAGCGCCCGCGUCUCCGCGGCGCCCACCCAGCGCCAAUAUUCCGGAGAUCAAGCGUUACGCGGCGGCGGCGGCGGCGGCGGCGGGGCCCGGAGCGGGAGGCGCCGGGGACCGGGGCGAGGCGGUCCCCGCCGCCGCCAUGGAGGCGCUGGGACCCGGACCUCCAGCCAGCCUGUUUCAGCCACCUCGUCGUCCUGGCCUUGGAACUGUUGGAAAACCAAUUCGACUGUUAGCCAAUCAUUUUCAGGUUCAGAUUCCUAAAAUAGAUGUGUAUCACUAUGAUGUGGAUAUUAAACCAGAAAAACGGCCCCGCAGAGUCAACAGAGAGGUAGUAGAUACAAUGGUGCGGCACUUCAAGAUGCAAAUAUUUGGUGAUCGGCAGCCUGGCUAUGACGGCAAAAGAAACAUGUAUACAGCACACCCACUGCCAAUUGGACGGGAUAGGGUUGAUAUGGAAGUGACCCUUCCAGGUGAGGGUAAAGACCAAACCUUUAAAGUGUCUGUUCAGUGGGUAUCAGUUGUGAGUCUUCAGUUGCUUUUAGAAGCUUUGGCAGGGCACUUGAAUGAAGUUCCAGAUGAUUCAGUACAAGCACUUGAUGUUAUCACACGACACCUUCCCUCGAUGAGGUAUACACCUGUGGGCCGUUCCUUUUUCUCACCUCCUGAAGGUUACUACCACCCUCUGGGAGGGGGCAGAGAGGUCUGGUUUGGCUUUCAUCAGUCCGUGAGACCUGCUGUGUGGAAUAUGAUGCUCAACAUUGAUGUGUCUGCAACUGCUUUCUACCGGGCUCAGCCUAUCAUUGAGUUCAUGUGUGAAGUGUUAGACAUACAGAACAUCAAUGAACAGACUAAACCUCUAACAGACUCCCAGCGUGUGAAAUUUACCAAAGAAAUCAGAGGUCUUAAAGUUGAGGUCACGCACUGUGGACAGAUGAAACGAAAAUAUCGAGUUUGUAAUGUGACUAGACGGCCGGCCAGUCAUCAAACUUUUCCUUUACAGCUAGAAAAUGGUCAAGCCAUGGAAUGUACAGUAGCUCAAUAUUUUAAGCAAAAGUAUAGUCUACAGCUGAAAUACCCCCAUCUUCCCUGUCUCCAGGUGGGACAAGAACAAAAACAUACAUACCUGCCACUUGAGGUCUGUAACAUAGUGGCAGGACAGCGGUGCAUAAAGAAGCUCACAGACAAUCAGACUUCCACGAUGAUCAAAGCCACUGCAAGAUCCGCUCCUGACAGACAGGAAGAAAUCAGUAGACUGGUGAAGAGUAACAGCAUGGUGGGUGGACCUGAUCCAUAUCUUAAAGAAUUUGGUAUUGUUGUCCACAACGAAAUGACAGAGCUCACAGGGCGGGUACUUCCAGCACCAAUGCUGCAGUACGGAGGCCGGAAUAAAACAGUAGCCACACCCAACCAGGGUGUCUGGGACAUGCGAGGAAAGCAGUUUUAUGCUGGCAUUGAAAUUAAAGUUUGGGCAGUUGCUUGUUUUGCGCCUCAGAAACAAUGUAGGGAAGAUUUACUAAAGAGUUUCACUGACCAGCUCCGUAAAAUCUCUAAGGAUGCAGGAAUGCCCAUCCAAGGUCAACCAUGUUUCUGCAAGUAUGCCCAAGGUGCAGACAGCGUGGAGCCCAUGUUUAAACAUCUGAAAAUGACAUACGUGGGCCUACAGUUAAUAGUGGUUAUCUUGCCUGGGAAGACACCAGUAUAUGCGGAGGUGAAACGUGUUGGAGAUACCCUCCUGGGUAUGGCCACACAGUGUGUCCAGGUAAAAAAUGUUGUGAAGACCUCACCCCAAACCCUUUCCAACCUUUGCCUGAAGAUAAAUGCAAAGCUUGGAGGAAUUAACAAUGUGCUUGUACCUCAUCAAAGGCCCUCGGUGUUCCAGCAGCCCGUCAUCUUCUUGGGAGCAGAUGUCACGCACCCUCCUGCAGGGGAUGGGAAGAAGCCUUCCAUUGCCGCUGUUGUGGGCAGUAUGGAUGGUCACCCUAGCCGGUACUGUGCCACUGUUCGGGUGCAGACCUCCCGCCAGGAGAUCUCCCAGGAGCUCCUCUAUAGUCAGGAGGUAAUCCAGGACCUUACCAACAUGGUUCGAGAGCUGCUGAUCCAGUUCUACAAAUCCACACGCUUCAAACCCACUCGGAUCAUCUAUUACCGUGGAGGGGUAUCCGAGGGACAAAUGAAACAGGUAGCUUGGCCAGAGCUAAUAGCAAUUCGAAAGGCAUGUAUUAGUUUGGAAGAAGAUUACCGGCCAGGAAUAACUUACAUUGUGGUGCAGAAAAGACAUCAUACACGACUCUUCUGUGCAGAUAAAACAGAGAGGGUGGGGAAAAGUGGCAAUGUGCCUGCAGGCACUACAGUGGAUAGCACCAUCACACAUCCAUCUGAGUUUGAUUUCUACCUCUGUAGUCAUGCAGGAAUUCAGGGAACCAGCCGUCCUUCACAUUACCAGGUCUUGUGGGAUGACAACUGCUUCACUGCAGAUGAGCUCCAGCUACUCACUUACCAGCUAUGUCACACCUAUGUGCGGUGCACACGCUCGGUCUCUAUUCCGGCCCCUGCAUAUUAUGCCCGGCUUGUAGCAUUCAGGGCAAGGUAUCAUCUGGUGGAUAAAGAUCAUGACAGUGCGGAAGGCAGUCAUGUGUCAGGACAGAGCAAUGGUCGGGAUCCUCAGGCCUUGGCUAAGGCUGUGCAGAUCCACCAUGAUACCCAGCACACAAUGUAUUUUGCCUGAGAGUCUCAGAAAAAGAACUCAACCAAUUUGGCACCCUCAUGCAGCCUCCAAUGUUUCAAAUGCUUACUGCCUCUACAGAGCCACGUUGACUUCAGAUGGUCUUCUACCAGCAGCUCGGAAUAGUUGCACUGAAUCUAUACUUCGCAGCACUGUCUGAUGCAUCAACAAAAUUGAGCCAUUUUUUAAAAGUAAUAGAUACUCAUAGAUUGUCUUUUCUGAUGCACUGGACUGAAUUUUUACCUCAUCAUGCAAAGGCUGAUCAGCCUGAACUUUCUAAAGGACUUUACCAGAAAGGUUUCUAUGGAAUAUUUUGCUAGCUGUGGUGUUCACCGCAUCCCUCUAGUCUUACAAGAGAAGAUUAUUCCUUUUUUCUGUAUUCAUCAAAUGGGGUGUAUGCAUAAAUAAGUGGGAGAGAAAAACCAAACAAUCUACUUCAGUUCAGCAUAAUUAUUUAAUUGUGUGGGUCCAUGGACUUUUUAAUGGCCACUGCAAAUGCCUUGAAUGAGCAUUAAUUUUUAAAAGUUUUACAGAGUUUUAUUAGUUUUACUACUUUAUCUUAUUGGUCUCUACAGACUUGUGCUGGUGCAAGUAUAGGCUGCCAGGCAAUUGCACUAUAUUUGGCUGCAGAUUCAAACAGGCAGUUCUCUUAUUUGGUUGACAUUUGUGAAUGUGUAACACAGAGGGAAUACACAUCACGGUGACAGAUAACACUGCCAUGGUAAAAGUACUCAUGUUUCCCCUUUUGGAAAAAAAGUUAGCUUUUAGUGUUUUUCAAAGUUUUCAAAAGUGCCCAUUUUAUGCUGCUGUGUGGUUUGUUAGAUCUAAAUGAUUUUUAAACUUUUCUCAUAGAAAGUUAACUUUGGCAAUAAACAUUUUUUAAGGUCCCUCCUUUCCUCCCCCUAACAGUAUAGUUUUCUAGAUGAGAUUUCGGUAUGAUUUUAUCAGCUAUUUCUUAUAGACCAUGAUCUGGCAAUUUCUGAAACUGGUCAGAAAAAACAUAUAUUUCCAUGCCUUUUUAAAUAAUAAUUUUUAUCAGUUUUAUAGUCACAGUUGGUGUCCUGUUACUUUGUUUUAAAAUAAGCUAGAACCAGGAUGCUUACUUAUUGGAUGGGCUUUGCCAAUCCUUAAGGUACAUUUUUGAGUGAUGCUGUAAGCUGCAAAAAUGUGCCAGUAUUUCAAACUUUCUUCCUGGGAAACAAGGUCACUCGCACAGUUACUUGCAGUGCAAAUUUUUGCUUCUCUUUCAACCUGAAGCAUACGUGGUGGGGUUUCCUUCCUUUUAUUAAACUAAAACUGCAUAGGAAAAGUUAUUUCUUAAUAGAUUCUGGAUUCCACUCACAAGGAGACGGGUUCCUUUCUUGUCCAAACAAAGGGAGCUGAUGUAAAGCAAGCAUCAGUGAAAAUGUAGGGGAAAAUGUGUUUUGUAUUUAGUGUAGAUAACACUUUGUGAAUGGACAACAGUUACAUAGAGUCUUGGUAGUUCCAGCCAGUGUUUCCCCACCCAGAUUUUACUGACUCCUAAUUCUAUAUCCUGGAACCUCAAGAGUGAAAGCUGGAAAAGGGGAUAAAAGCCUGGAGCCACACUCCAUAUGGCUGAGGAAGGUGCUGGGGAAGAAACAGAUGUAGUAAAACUACUUGCCACCUCUGUUUGGAAACUGCUGGUGGGGAAACACUGUAUGUGAUGGUGAAGGGUGUUUGCUUGAACUCAUUAGGUACAAAUCUCUUAAACUAGCCUUCUCAAAAUCCCAGCAAUAUAAAGCACUGUUUUUCUUCAGUCUUUUACACAAGCUUGUAAAUACAUUGAAGUUUACAUUUCCUUGUGCUGUUGAUCAGCGGCGCCACCAGUGUUUGCUGAGACUGGUCUUUGAGAGUUUUAUAAUGUAUAUUAAGUUCUACUGCUCGACAAGAUGAGCACAGACGUCCUUAUUCUCUGCAUAAAGUGGGAUGCUAGCAGGCUCUAUCAUUGAGGCACAACACAGGCAGGAACAAAGAGAUGGCAGACGUUAAUUUCUUAAAAUUUCCCUUUUUUGCAUAUACCUCACUUGGCUACUACAAAUCAGGACAUGUUGGUGAGGGACUGGCUGCUGCUUUUAUUCACACUUGUUCAGGGAGAGCACAGAAAAUACCCUUCAGCAUGGCCACCCUGGACCCAAGAGGAGGAAAAACAGCUUUUUUAGGAGAAGGAGGACUCACUAGAGUCCAGGAUGGGAAGAACUCUUGGUGGCUGGCUGGCCGGCCAGCGGGUGCCACAUCUGCACUUGAGUGCCUGGGCCUGCUUAUUAAUAACGCACAGAAACAGAGUCACUUCUCACCAUCUCCUGGCAUGUAUGGAUCAGGGAGCAAGGUGGAGUGCCAGGAAGCCCUGAUAACUUGCCUGCAGUUGGGCUCUCUGCUCAGUCUUCAACUAUACAGUUCGUACAACCUCAGUCAGUCCUCGUACACUGGGGCAAACCAGUGUGGUGGUGGAGGAAAAGCCGGGAGGCCUAUUUUUAUAGGAAAACAGUACCUUGAAGGGUGCAAUGCUGUCGUUUUGGAUGAAAGGAAAUAAAUAUGGAAGAAGUAGGAUUGUUGGGAAAAACUUGCUGAGGGGUGUAAUCACUGCAGAAUCAGAGUUGCAGCAAUAUCAUUGCAAGCAAGUCUGAAUGCAUAGUUUUAUUAAUUUGGCUUGGCAAUUUGUGUAACCCCUCCAGACUGACUGAACUGUUAUGCAUGUGUCAAUCAAUGGGAGGUGUGCAUUCUCUAGAAGUAGAUUUAGGCUGUUUGGUUUUUUAAAAUGCAGCCUGUUUAGGCACUGUCAUGUGGUGUGAAAGAUUUCAGUGUAGCAAUGCUAAAGAGUUAUGGUUUGAGGAUAAGGUGCAGGGACAUUAAGAGAGUGGUGAAGAUACAAAUGUUGAAAAAAUUAUGUUUUGUUGUUGUUAGCUUGAACCUUGAGCAGUUUUAUAAAGUGAACUAGAUGGCUUAAUGUAGCCAGCAUUCUGGGCAAACAGAAUAUAAACUCAUUCUUACUGUAAAUUCUAUUUGCUGCUUCCAAAGGUGAUAAUUUACAAGCAGACAUGUUCUAUAUGGUCUGUAUUUUAGGAUCUGGUGCCCAGCCUAUAUCAAAGCUUACCUACCUGGCUCAGCUACCUACCCUUCCUAUGGGAAAAGACAAUUCAUUGUUGAGGAAGGCUUACCCUCUCUGACCUGCCCUAGCGACCCUUUGUGGAUGUGCUAUAAGAUUUUCCUGCUCAAUAGCAAAGUGGUAGCUCUGCUUUCAUUUUAAGAAAGUGGAGGCUGAGGGCAUUGAAUCAAUACUGCUUCAACUCCAAAGAUUUUUCCUUGUAAAAUUAAAGGGAAGAUCUUGUUAUUAAUGAACCAUUUUCUUAUCCCUUGCUAUUGACAUAUUCAUGCUCUUUAUAUGUCUAGUGGCUGAAAAUGUUUGCAUUUGUUCAUUUGACUAAUGGUGUAAUUUUUGUUUUUAUAUUGUUAGACCUGUAAUGUUUUAAAAUGUAUUUUAUUAAAUUUGAACUGGAUGUAUGUCUCUAGCAAUACGAGGUACUUUCUAAACUAUUAUUAAGGGAGGGGCAGUGUCCUCAUGUGGAGAUAAGAUGAAGGUUGUUUAAAGUUGGCAUUUUUUUUUUUUUGGCCUGCAGGGAUAUUCUGUGUUCACGUGUCCAAAAAGGAAUAAAUUGGCAUUCUUGUGCCACAAGUUGUUUUUCUUGUCAAUUGUCUAAUAAAUAUGGAGUAUACUGUAA